AUGGAUAAAUCAUUUACCAAAGUAUAUAAGAAAAUAGAUAAAGGCAAGAGUAAGGUUGGCAGUGUACCUGACAUCACAAUUAAGGACAACUUACCACCGCUGGCACAGGACACCCCACUGGUAGUAUCAGAGGCACCAGCAGAAAAGGAAAAUGAGUCUGACAAAGAAAAGAUAUCAGAGGAAGUGAAAACAGAUAAUGUUGAUUCCGAGUCAGACAUUCUAUUCACAAUGAAUGUUGACACUCAGGGCAUCAAUAUUGUAUUGGACAAGGAAACUGCAAAAGAAAAGAAAUUUGAUGCUAUAAAUGUUGAGAAACCUGAAUCACCGGUCAAGAAUAUUGACAAUCAGCAAAAUAUUGAGAUACCGGCAGGAAAAGAAAAGGAACAAGAACAAACACAAUUAGAACCGACAGUAAAUAAGAAUGAGGAUAAAAGUGAAAAGAAGGAAGAGAAAGUGGAUAAGGAAGAGGUUAAGGAAGAGCAACCGGAGAAGUUUGAGACAGAAAAUAUUCUGGACAAUGUUGAUAUCAGUGAUUUUACACCUGAUGAGAUUGUUAUGGAAGACCAAUUGGUAGAUGAUCAACUAGUCAAUACACAGACAGAGACAAUUGUCAUUACUGAUGAUGACAUCGAUACUAAUGAUGUUGAUGCAAUUGAUAGUGUAAAUGAGCAAGUUGAUGAUGUGCAAAUGUAUGAACAACUACAGGGACAAGAAGAGAAGAAAGAUGGAGAAGACAAGAGCUCUGAAGAGCCACCGGUACAUACACAGACUGUUUCACCAUUGGUAAAUGACAGUAAAAAGAAUAAGGAAGAAGAAAAGACAGAAGAGAACACAGAGGAUAAACCUAAAGAGAAGAAAGAGGAAGAAGAGAAGGAAACAAAGAAGUCUAAACCUAAACUAGGUCAAUUGGUUAAUGAUGUUGGGGAACAAAUGAAAACAUUUGAGGAUGCAGCAUAUGUUUAUGUAGAAAAGGAGUAUAAGAAGCUAAGGACAAAGCAAUUAAUGAAAGAUAUUGAUAAACCUAAAGUUGCUUUGACUAAAAAGAAGGAAGCAGAAAAAGAACUUAAAGUUCUAAGUGAUUCAUUUAAGCCCCUGAAUGAUUCUGCAAUAUACUAUGGACGGUCCAUUGUUGAACUUCAACAUAAGUUGAAAGCUUAUGAAUCUGAAUAG